CGGAGUGCCGGGCGUGGGGGAGCAGAGCCGCGGAGAGAGGUCACGUUGCAGCUGGGCGUCGUUACUCGCGAGGAGUCCUGACCGCGGUUGGACAGGGGCGGCUUGGCGCAGACCUUUUGGGGAGCCCGCCUUCUCGGGAAGGAGCGCGAGGGAAGAAGCUACAGGUCGGGACGCUCUGUGGAGACUCGCCCGACCCUUCCUGUGCCAGGGCGCGCUGCCAUGAGAGAGUACCUGGAAGUGCACUGAAAAUAUGUGUUGAUGAUAUGGGUGCUGAGUAUCACCAUGUGUCAAAGUCAAGUUUUUUCAGUGUGAACUAAAACAGUGGGUUAUAUGUGCAUGGUGGAAAAACUGCAGCAUGUUGCAUGGUUACUUAUAGUAUUCCUGCCCCAAUGUUGGGUUGACCCUAGCAGUUGGUUAUGGAGGGGCAAAAUGAAGUGGACAUUUCUAACAAUAAUGUUAUACCCUUGUGGAGAAGGAGGACAGCCCACCAAGUCAAUUUGCAUGCAAAGAACAAUGCCAGGCCCCAGUCCUACCAGAGCUCCACUGGGGUCCUCUUCACUGAUUUUCCUGUGGAAGACCGGGAUAUGUUCACUUUAACUCAGCCUGCUGAAACAAUAAUUACUUCUCCAGUCAAUAAAUCUGUUGAGAAGAAUACUUUGCAUUUCAGCGGCAGCCUCAGUUCAGUGCCAAACGAGAAGGUUCAAUUUCCAGAGAACAAAUCUCUCACCCCUAGGCUUUCUGGCAGGACACCUCAAGUCCUAAAAAUGGUUGCAAACAAUUCUAUAAAUUGUACAGCUGGCAGCUCUAUAAAUCCAUCAGGCAGUAGACUGAUUUGCUCAGCAAAGGUUUCCGAUCAAUCAUCGCUUAGCCCUGAGAAGGAGCAAAUUGUUUUCACACCGAGCCUUGGAUUUUCUCCAACAGAAAGCAUGCAUUUACCAAACAACAAAACAACCACUGCCUCAGCAUGCCAACCAAACCAGCCUCCUAUAGCUCCAGAGAAGGCACCUGUUUGCUUGUCUGCUCCUUCCAAACAGCAACAUCUACCUCUCCAAAGACUGCCAUCGAAUCAGAAUGAGCUCACAGAAGCACAGCCUGUUGUUUUGAGCACAAAUAGUCUUGCUGCAUUAAAAGUGGGGAAGCAACAGAUCAUCCCUAAGAGUUUGGCUUCUGAAAUAAAAGUAAGCAACAAAUACUAUAGCCAAAAUGUGGAGCCAAACAGAAGGGCUCUUAAAGUUCGCAGCAUGGUGGAGCCUCUUAAUGCUCCUUUGGUAGCUGAAGAAGAUGAAGAAGCAGAAGGUGAUGUGGAUAGUCCAGGGAUGUUGAGGCGUGGUUUGAGGUCCACUUCAUAUCGGCGAGCCGUUGUGAGUGGUGUUGAGUUUGACAAUACAGCCAACUUUAAGAAGAAAAACAGAAUGUCUCAGCCUGUGCUGAAAGCAGUUGUUGAAGACAAGGAGAAGUUCUCUAGUUUAGGAAGAAUAAAGAAGAAAAUGCUGAAAGGACAAGGGACAUUUGAUGGAGAAGAAAAUGCUGUGUUGUAUCAGAACUACAAAGAAAAAGCACUAGAUAUAGAUUCUGAUGAAGAGGUAGAAUCGAAAGAACAGAAGUCAGAUGAAAAGAUAGUUAUUCAAUACAAACCUCUGAGAUCAACAUGGAGUCAGUUGUCUGUGGUGAAGAGGAAUGGUCUAUCUCAGACUAUCAGCCAAGAAGAAAGAAAAAGACAAGAGGCUAUAUUUGAAGUAAUAUCUUCAGAACAUUCAUACUUGCUCAGUCUGGAUAUUCUGAUCCGGAUGUUUAAGAACUCCAAGGAGCUCAGUUCUACGAUGACCAAAACGGAAAGCCAUCACCUUUUUUCCAAUAUUGCUGAUGUUUGUGAAGCAAGCAAGAAAUUCUUUAAAGAGCUUGAAGCAAGGCAUCGGAAUAACAUCUUCAUAGACGAUAUUAGUGAUAUUGUGGAAAAGCAUACUUCAUCAACUUUUGAUCCUUAUGUAAAAUAUUGUUCAAAUGAAGUCUACCAGCAGCGAACACUGCAGAAACUAUUAGCUGGAAAUCCCAACUUCAAGGAAGUUCUGUCACGAAUUGAAUCCCAAGAAGAAUGCAGGAACUUGCCUAUGAUUUCUUUCCUUAUCCUCCCGAUGCAGAGGGUUACACGACUUCCACUGUUGAUGGAUACUAUUUGCCAAAAGACACCCAAAGAUUCACCAAAAUAUGAAGUCUGCAAGCGGGCACUAAAAGAAGUAAGCAAGUUGGUUCGCCUCUGCAAUGAAGGUGCUCAAACGAUGGAAAGGACAGAAAUGAUGUACACUAUUAAUUCCCAAUUGGAAUUCAAGAUCAAGCCUUUUCCAUUGGUGUCUUCUUCCCGGUGGCUAGUGAAACGGGGUGAAUUGACAGCAUAUGUGGAGGAUACUGGGCUUUUCUCUAAAAGGACUUCCAAGCAACAGGUGUACUUCUUCCUCUUUAACGAUGUUCUAAUUAUCACAAAGAAGAAAAGUGAAGAGAGCUACAAUGUCACAGACUAUUCCUUAAGGGAUCAGCUGUUAGUUGAACAGUGUGACAGUGAAGAGCUGAAUUCCUCUCCUGUAAAAAACAGUACAACUAUGCUUUACUCCCGGCAGACUUCUGCAAAUCACCUCUUCAGAUUAAGUAUCCUAAGUAACUAUGCAGGAGAGAAAAUUGAACUUCUGCUGGGAACUGAAACUCAGAAUGAGCGUGCUCGCUGGAUUACUGCACUUGGACAGAGCAGUGAUAGACGUUCCAUGGAUAGGACAACACUGACCCAAGUAGAGGUCAUGAGAUCAUACACUGCCAAGCAAUCAGAUGAACUCUCUCUCCAAGCUGCCGACGUGGUUCUGGUUUACCAAAAAGUGAAUGACGGUUGGUAUGAAGGAGAGCGAUUGCGUGACGGAGAGAGAGGCUGGUUUCCAAUGGAAUGUGCUAAGGAGAUCACAUGUCAAGCCACAAUUGAGAAGAACAUGGAAAGGAUGGGGCGUUUGCUGGGCCUGGAAACAAACGUAUAGACCCUUCCCUGCCUUAUCUGUAAUCUAGGAUUGGCACUUCGUCAGUUGUGUGGUUUCUUGGGCUGCCCUAGGUGGCUACUUAAUAACUGUAGCAUGUGAAAAAGGGUUACAGCUAUGUGCAUUUAUUAGGAGUGGAAGCAGCCCAGGGGAACUGCAUGCAAAUAGGAAUAAGCUAAAAUUAUUUGAAUCAAUAAAACUUUUUAAAUUUUACAAAUAAUUGUUUUUCAAUAAAAGCUAGUUAAAAAUUUAUAGAUUCCUGAUAAUCACUUGACCUAAGGUGGCUAAUCAGCCACUGCUGAGUCUUAAUUUAGAUACAACAUCUUUUAGAAAGUAGUUUUAGAGUCCAUUCAUUUCAUUUACCCCUUUCCUUUGUCUCUAUCCAGCAAGGAAGAUCAUAUGAAAAAGCAGGCUUCCAUAUACACCAUUAGAUCUGGCCUGAGUCAGCUGGAUGUGUGUCUUUCUAGUUGGCCUAUGGCCACAGAGCACGGCCAUUGAUUAUUAGUUAGAACCAAGUCCCAUUAAAAAAAGGCAAGACUAAAGUGCGCACACAGUUAACAGUUAACUGUGUUGAUUUCACCACAAUUUACAGGUAACUUUCAUUCUAUUAUUCAUGUAGUUACCAUGUCUGCCACAUACUGCUCACACCUGCGACUCUUAUAUGUCAUCUUUAAUGUAUUUGUAUUUUAUAUAAUAUUUAUUGGUAGCUUUCCAAUACCUGCUUCAGCCACUUUCCUUUUAGAACUACCAUUCAUAAAGCAGGUAGAGAACAAGAGGAAAACAAAAACAGAACAGGUGGCUCGAACUGUUAACAUUUGGCAAUAUGUAACCAGCUGGUCAGCAGUAGGCACAAAUGUUCUGAGCCAGCAAGAGCCACCCACCCUAAAGACUGUAAGUCUUUUAACCGUGCAAAGCACCACUUAGAGCUAAAAACAGGCUAGGUUACAUGCGUGCUAAAUCCUAACUUCAAAGUAGGGAUCCCUUACAGCUCACCACCAAGCAGAGCUGUUUGACACCCCUCAGAGUCUAAGUAGGCCUGGCAAAACGAACAGGGUUAGCAUUGUCUAAUGUAAUGUCUAGUUGAACAGGAUUGGUCAUCACACUUUGCUUUGGCCCACUUGGCAACACUGGCAGGGCCAAGGUGGUUGCUAUGAGGAUAAAACGGAGGAAGGGAGACUGAUGAUGUAAUCGGCUUUGGGUUUAAGUAACUUCUCUGAAAAGCAUUUCACCAGUAGUUUCAUAUGUAACUGGGCAUUAGGAGGAAUUGAAUAGCAGCCCUUCUUUGUAUUACAUAACACCUUGGUAAUCCUUCAGGCUUAAAACACCUAUAAUGAAAACACUGACAAUUUCAGAUCAGGAUGUAAGAUCUUCCAGAGACCAAAUCAGACAUGGAAAAAAAUUCUGAAUUCAACUGUGUCCUUAAAAUUUUUCCAGAAUUUCUCCCUUCAACCUUAAAAUAAAAGGAUAGAAUUGUGGAAGAAUUACAAGUUUGAUUUUUGUAGGAAUCAUAUGAUCUGUCAGUCCAGUGUGGCAUAGUGGUUAGAGUGUCCGACUAGGAUUUGGGAGACCCAGGUUCAAAUCCACUCCGUGUCAUGGAAACUUGCUGAAUGACCUUGGGCCAGUCACCCUCUCUCAGCCUAACCUACUUCACAGGGUUGUUGUGAGAAUAAAAUGGAUGAGAUCACAAUCAUGUAAGCCGCUUUGGGUUCCCAACUGGGACAAAAGGCAGAGUAUAAAUAAAAUAAUGAAAUAUUCAGUAGUUAUAAAGUGUGAUGCAGCCUUCCUGUGAGCUGCUGUAGAGCAAUCCAGGCACUGACUGUGAAAACGGAACAUUCAGCAAAGUGGUAAUGCUGUUGUUGACGUGAGAUCAACUUCCCAACAGGGCAUUAGGCACCGUUAAACUCAUUUGCCCCGUUGCAGAAAAAGGUCAGUCGCUCUUUCAGUUGAAAUCAGCAGGACUUUAAUUAGAUAAGCUGGCCAAUACGACUUCAAGUGUAACUUUCCGUGGACUGGGGGCUAUUGAUCUUCGGCAGGAUGUUUUAGUAACUUCCCUGCCCGGGAGAGGAACCUUCCUGUGAUUGAUUGCAUGAUCUGUGAAUGUCUCGUUACAUAUCUCCAGGAUGGAGUUCACAGGAGUUUGUCAAACCGCACUGUAAAUAGGAAUUUGUAAUUGCAUUUGUAGUUAAUUUAUAAACAGGAAUUAAUUUGCAACUUUUUCUUUUUUUUUGUAAAUAGGCAUUUAUUUUCUAUAUCGUGUGUUAUAAGUGUACCUUUGACCAGUUUUGCUACGGUUUAUUUCUUAACAGGAAUCACAAAAAGAAGGUGUAGGAGAAAGGGAUAAGAUUUUUUUAACUUCUGCUGUUUUCUCCCUUGGAUAGAAGUCACAUAUUGUAAUAUUUAUGUACAAUAAAAUUGGUCAAUGAAUAUAUGGAUAGAGGUAAAUCUGCACUUCCAUCUCUAAUGAAGCAGGUACCAGUUUCAGCGCAGACUGCGGGAAUCAGCAGCACUGCAAGGCUCUGAUCUAGGCAUGUGGAGAAUGAAUCCGAGUUGCAAAGCUGUGGAAUAAAUCCAAACUGUUAUACAUGGAUUGUGAGUGAUGCAGCAGUUGUCAUCCUGUCCAGAAUGUGUUGCACGUAUAUAUGUACAUCUUCACAUGUAAAUAAAUAUGCUGCCGCCUACACAGCAGUUUCUUAGAUUUGUGUUCAUCAGCACUGCCAAAAUUACUGCACAUUUUACUGUUGUGCUUGAUGAGACUUUCCCUUUUGGGCCAACACUGCCAAAGGACAACAACUAUGAAAAGGGAAAAAAUCACCUUGACUGCCUUCUGACCCACCAACACAGUGAUGCUGUCCACAUGUUAGACACAGAAGGUCUAGCUGCUGGGAGAGAGAGAGAAGCACACCUAGUAGCUUCAAGUGCUUUCCCAUCAAAAGGGGGGGGGGGUGAAGAAAUUUCCCAUCAGUCUUCAUGUUUUCAAAGCCCUGUAAAGUUAUAACAAAAGACUGCUUUGAAUACCCUAAUGCAGUAUUCUGAUUUAAUAAAAACAAAAUUCUGUAUACUGGAAGAUAUUUAGCACAAUAAAACUGUUUUUUUUAAGGUAUCAGGCUUAAGAAUUUCUAUAUACCAAGCUUUUCCCCUCAAAAAUGUUUUUUCUCUCCUAUGUCGUCUUUAGUUGACAUGAGAGUUGAAAAUAUUUCUAAUGCAAGAUAAAUACUAAACUACAAAUGGUCAGAUCAGAAUGACUAAGUUCACAUACUCAUCUGGAGAAUUCAGCGGUGUGGUAAAUGAGCAAGUCCACACACCUUUCAUCUGUCUUUAUGGAACGUGGUCCACAUACAUGCAUGCUUAGGUUGAUCUGUUCCUGUUCUCUCUCACCUCUCCCAUUUUUGAGGAAGGAGGAACCAUACAGAUUAAGAUAUACACACAUAAAUAGCACUUGUAUUCACUUUUUCUGCAUAAGGGGAACAUGGUGCACAUAUACCUGCUUCAACACUGAAGCAGGAACCCUUGCCAAGUUAAGAAGUGAAACUACUAAAUUUGCAGGGAAAGUAGCAGGUGACUAUUACAUUUCUUCCUUUGCUUUAGGGCUUUGGGACUCCCAACUAAACAUGCUGCCGGUUCAGAGCCCCUUGGGCAGUCUUUAGUCAAUUAACUAAAACAAUAGACUACAUUUCCAACAGGGACAUAAAGGCAUUCCAUGCAGUGGCAAAUGAAACAGGAAGCUGUUACAGAAAUGACAACUGCAGCAUGGGAUAUCUGCCUCUUCCCGUCCCUUUGAUGUCAAACACAGGGGAGGAUAAGGUCUAAAUCAAUUGGAAAUUAGAUUGUGUUUUAGCACCAGUGCAUAAGGGCUACAUCUUUCUUCUAUAUUUGUCCUGACUUUUUAAAUGUAACACUUGCCGCAAGUUGAUGGUUGAUGCGGCGUCCUCCAGCCACAUACACGUUACUUAUGCACCAUUGAAAAUAAGCUUAUGCAUUUCUUUUCUAAGACUCUCAAUUUUUAAUCAAUUGUUUGUAUAGUGUGGCAAUACUAUAUGUUCAACACUCCACGUGAAGCAUUCUUUCCUUUUGUACAGUAGUCUCAAUAAAACAUUUUA